AGGCAGUUUUCACAUUAUGACUGCGCAGACGAUGAAGAAAAAAACCGGACGCUUCUCAUUAGUGUUUGAAUGCGGACCGUGUGUCGUGGGUGAAUUGACGGCACCUUUUAAGAUUAAUGGACACUUUGCGAAAUGAUGACAAACGUGCAUAAACUUGGACGACACUUACACAGAACUUUAUGAAGUACAUAAGUGGAGAGUUAACGGGGCUGUUGGACUGCACUCGGUGCGCACAAGGCGCAUUUUCUACGUUGAAGCUGUUGGAUGUACUAUUUCUAACGGUCGUUUUUUUAUAAAACUGUUUUCACUUAUAAGUCAUGGCACUAUAUUUUGUUUACUUAUGGACUCUAUUGGCGCUGAUUUUGCCUGGUCAUAUUUGGGGAGCAGGAACGUACCCGUCACGAUACACUCAACAUGUGGAUGAGAGUCAGGCUGUAUCAGCUGCACAAAGUGGAUCUAAGGUGACCAGUAGACACAGGAACUGGUGUGCCUACGUAGUAACAAAGACUGUAAGCUGUGUAAUGGAAGAUGGAGUGGAGACGUAUGUGAAACCUGAAUACCAGCGCUGUGCCUGGGGCCAAUGUUCCCAUGUGGUUUUGUAUCGGACCUAUAGAAAACCACGGUACAAGGUUGCCUAUAAAAUGGUCACAGAGAUGGAAUGGAAGUGCUGUCAGGGCUACUCAGGAGAUGAUUGCAGCGAUGGCAGGGGCAGAACUACUGGUGAAGAAGGGAGAAGUGACAGCGACAGGAUUAAACAACUUGAGGAACAAAUUCACAACCUCCAGUCAACCUUAUACAGCAUGAACAAGAAAAUACAUGAGGAAUCUCGAAGGGAAGGUAUCACUGGUGGCAACAAUCUGGCCGAUGCUGCCCAGCCAGGGAUGAAGGAGACCAUUCACAGCAUCCAGACCAAGCUGGACAUGCUGGACAACAUGACACAGGUCCAUGACAGAACCCUCACCAGCAUCAACAACCACCUUGUAGGCGGCAAUGGAAUCGGAAACGAGUUGGACAGUCGCUACGGCACACUUAAAGAGGAGAUUCUCAGGGAGCUGGAACGGCGGGUGACACUGUCUUGCUCGUCAUGCCAAACCGGAGUGGAGACAAUUCACGGGCAACAGCAAGAAGACCGAGAGAGGAUCCGCGCACUGGAGAAACACAUAAGUGUGAUGGAGCAGCACCACCAACAAACUGUAGAUUUGCUCAAGAAGGAGCUAUCACACUAUCAGAGUUGCUGUGAUUCCCUGAGCGAUCUGGACAGGAGGCUUGGCGCCAUUGAGAGAAAGGUCAGUUCGACUGCGGAGACGUAUGAUAUCCUUAGAGGACGUCUUGAGAAAGAGUUGAGAGGAUCGGGUAAUGGCAAUGGUGGUCGGGGAAAAGCGCUUGAUGAAAAACUUAACACCCGUCUUAGAGAGCUGGAGAGAAGACUGAAUGGGACUGUGAGAAAAACUGAGCAAAAAUGCUCCCAUACUGAGACAAGUAUGAAGGAGUUUGUCCAGCGCGAGAUCGGCCAGAUAAAGAACUCUGUCCUCAAUCGUAACGUUGAUCAUGGUUAUAGAAUAUCUACCAUGGAGAUUGACGUCCAAGACUUGAAGCGUUUCAUUAACGAUCACAAAGAUGAUUUGGAAAGGCUGGGGAACAAAACAAUUGAUCUUGACAGCGGGCUUAAGUCAGCGAUUAAUUUGUGCACAGAGACGUGCACUUCAAAAGGGAGUGAGGCAGCAGAUACUGUGAAAAGCCUGGAAUGGAAGGUUGUUGCCAAUGAGGAGGACAUUAAGAAGUUUGACACCAAACUAAAGGAUUUAAGUGUGUCUGGUGACUCCUUAUUGGACCGUAUUACAGAUCUUACCCAUGACGUUCAAAAAAUUAAGGAUCUGACAGGACAUAAUGGAGAGCACUUUAACCAGGUCGUCACCGAUGUGGAAAAUAUGUUACGCGAUUGCGACAUAUGCAGUUCGAUAGAAGGUGAAAUUAAAAAAAUAAGGAACAUGUCCAGCCAUGCUUUAACCACGUUCCAGGAACAACUUACAGAUUUACGCAAAAAGGUAGAUGCAGAUGAGUAUGCUUGCUCGCAGGUGUGCUCAAACCUCCAGGAGGAAGUGGGCAAACUGAAAGAAGAGGUUGAGAAAUGCACAGGCCAAUGUAUGAUCAGCAUGGCUGACCAUCAGAGGAACAUAGAUAAUCAAAAUACCAUAACUCGCAAGCUUGGCAAAGACCUCAAGUCCAUUCAGGGUGAGCUCACAGACGUAAUCCAAACAUUCAGCUCCAUCAAUGACACUCUGAAAGGCCUCAGGAACACCAUACAUGGGCAUGGCAACUCUAUUUCAGAUCUGGACUCGUCUAAGGAACGAAUUUACUCAGAGUUAGAUCAGAUUCAGGAUGAUUUGAACAAGCACAAAGAAGACAGCAAAGUGCGUUUCAACGGCAUCAGUAGCUUUAACAGCAAUUUGAUGACUGAAAUUGGAGAAUGCAAACUUUCUCGAGAAGGCCUGGAUAAGAGGCUCUCAAAGAUGGAGGAUGUCUGCAGUAGACUGGAUUCCUUGUCUGUAAACCUUCAGACAAUCAAAGAUGGCCUGGGCAAGCACGUCUCUAGGCUUUGGACAUGUGUUAAUGACCUAAACUCCACAGUUAUCUCUCAUGGCGAGGCCAUCAACAGCAUUCACAAUGUUCACUUAGAGAACAUUUAUGGCAAAAUGAACAAGUUCAACUCUUCCAUACUGAAUGUUCUCAAGGAGUUCCAGAGCUUCACCGAACAGGACUUUAUUGGACCGCCUGGACUACCUGGUCCUCAAGGAGAGGAGGGAUCCAAAGGACCACCUGGGCCACGAGGACCUCCAGGCAGAGAAGGACCACAAGGCAAAGUGGGGCCAAUUGGACCCCCAGGCCUCAGAGGUGAACAAGGACCUCCUGGGGAGGAUGCAAACGUCCCAAGACUGUCAUUCUCAGCAGCGCUCACACGACCGCAACCCAGUGCAGGAACUAUUGUCUUCAACAAGGUCUUUGUUAAUGAAGGAAAGGCCUACGAUCCAAACACAGGUAUGUUCACUGCACCAGUGACGGGACGAUACUUCUUCAGUGCAGUCCUGACAGGUCACAAGAAUGUCAAGAUCGAGGCAGUCUUGUCUAAAUCCAAUUAUGGAAUUGCCCGUGGAGAUUCAGCAGGCUAUCAGCCCGAAGGUCUUGAGAAACCCAUGGCGGAGGCACGGCACAUUCCUGGCUCCCUGGUCAUCUUUAACAUUAUACUUCCUCUGGAGGAGGGAGAUACUGUCUGCAUUGACCUGGUCACAGGUAAACUCGCCCACUCUGUGGAGCCUCUUACAAUCUUCAGUGGGAUGUUGCUCUAUGAGUAAACGGACAAACAUUUUGUAAGACCCAUCUGAGAAUCAUGGACAAUGUCAGAUGUAAAAAUUUGUAUCUGGACAUAAUAACUGUUUUAAAGAACAGUUCUACAUAUUCAGUGUUGAAAAAGGUUUAUGAUGCAAAUCAUAUGCAGGUUUCUUUUAUAACAGGCCCUAAGGAAACACAAGAUGGAUAUAUUUUUUCUCUAUUAUCAGAAAAAUGGACUGAGCUUUUUUUAUAUGGUUAUGUUUUUUACAUUUAUUCUUGAAUGGCAAAAUCAUAUAUUUUCAUAUUCUGUAUGUGAGCAGCCAUGUUUGCUUAUAUUAAAAUGCAAUUGAGGACAGCAAAGAUCUAAAGAACUAACAAGAUACAGAUGUGUCCAACUGUCCAACUGGGAUCUGUUAUCUGUUUCUGUUAUCCAAAGAAUGCAAUCACUACUUUUUUUUUUAAGAAAUGCUCUCAAAAAAAAGCUAACACAAAAACCACGGCCAACAUACUGUAUGUGAAAAGCACAAUGUAAUUUGUUAUUUUCUUAAAGCAUUACACCUCUAUGUAUACUUUCAACUUUCAAGCUUCACUAAAAUAUACCUCAAGAAGAAGAAAUCCAGAGACCAUGAGAAAAUAUGAAUUUGUGUGUACUAUUGGUUUGGUUUUUCCCUCAAAGGCUCCAUUCAGGUUUUUAAAAGAUGGAUACAAUAAAUACUACACAUGAUAUUUUAAAUUAUUUUCCAUUUCCUCACUGUGUUAUUUUGUCAUAUUUGCGGCACAUUUAUUCACUUAAUCUCCAAAUUUGGAAAAGCAACUAUAAAAGGAUGAAUUCAAAUUAAGCAGGCUCUGCAGAGAGGAACAUUUUUAGACAUGCCAGAGGCUAUAGAUCAGGAAGCUUCUGUAACCCAUUCUCUGGUGACUCUUCCAAAGAAAACUUUUAAAGCUGUUUGUGAUAGAUGCAGAAAAGAUUUAAUCCUGGCCAUCUUUUUGCCAGUGGAUUUUUAUUUAGUCUCUUUGGGCCGCAGAUGUUCUCUAAAUAGACUAAAUCUAACAGCUCAGAAUCUGUAUCUUUGCCAGACGUGUAUUUGUGUGACCUUAGCUAUCUUGGUGGUCUAUGCCUAAUGUUUUCUUUAAUACAAAUGGAUUUGAAAGGACUUAGCGCUGUGAGAUCUUGACCAUACAGUCCAUUUUAACCCUCAGAAGAGAGGAAUUCCUUAAAAGGUCUUUACUUCAGAAUGUUUCAAUUUGUGGUAAAACAGGUGAUUUUCUCAUUUUGUAAUUGGGACCAGGUUAUAUCAGCUGUCCAGGGGUAACCUGAACUAUACGUGACCCUGGAUUACAAAACCAGUCUUAAGUAGCACGGGUAUAUUUGUGGCAAUAGUCAACAAUACAUUGUAUGGGUCAAAAUUACAUUUUUCUUUUAUGCCAAAAAUCAUUACAAUAUUAAGUAAAGAUCCUGUUCCAUGAAGAUAUUUUGCAAUUUUCCUACCGUAAAUAUAUGAAAACUUAAUUUUUGAUUAGUAAUAUGCAUUACUAAGAACAAUUUUAAAGUUCAAAAUUUUUUGAACCCUCCUAUCUUGGUGAAAUAUUGUCCUAUCCUAACAAACCCACCCUUAUGACUGGUUUUGUGGUCCAGGGUCACAUAUGUUCAAAUCUGACAUUUUUAGGUUUCAUCUUCGCACUACAGGCAUUACAAAACAGUAUUAUAAUUAUGCAAAUAAAGUGUAUCUGACUGCUGUGCAAUCCAAAUAGUCCUCUCAGCACGAAAUGUUUCCAUAAUCAUAAUUUCUUCAAAGCUGAAUGUUAUAUAUUGGAUAUACAGUGUGUUUGCAAUGCUAGUUUUUAAUUAAAAUAUUUUUCACAGA